AUGGCAACUGUAAAGUUAUGGUCGAGCUUUUACAAUUCCUACCUAGUCCCAUAUGCUGAGGCUGUUAGAGAUAGGAUUGUGGUGUAUGAGGCUUUUGUGCCGUACGUGAAGGAAGCUUCGCAAGAGAAUAUACUAUUUAUGACGAUUGGAUUGAUUGCAACUGCUUUGAUUGUGGUUGUUUCCUGGAGAAAUGUAAUGCAAUUCGCAAUGAGUUGGACGCCAAAGAGAAAACUUCGUGCACAACAUGUUAAAAGUAAAAAUAAAGAGAGCAUUGCACGCCCCCCUCCCCAGAAAGUGGACCGAACUGCUGUAUAUGGAAAAAUAUUUGACGUGAAUUGUCUUCAAUUUCUCCAGCAUGCUAAACGAAAAAAUGAGCCGCCUAUGGUCCCUUAUUGGCUUCCGUUUCUUGGAUCCGCUAUUCGUGUUGGAACCAAUCCUAUUAAAUUCUACCAAGAAUGCCAGGAAAAGUACGGAAAUUUCUUCUCUAUUACAUUAGUUGGUCGUAAAAUGGUCACGUGUCUCGGUGCAGAGGGAAACAAUUUUGUAUUCAACGCAAGACUAGCAGAUGCAUCAGCCGAAGAAGCAUAUAAGGGGCUCACGGUACCAGUAUUCGGUACAGGCGUAGUUUAUGAUGUACAUAAUUCAGUUCUCAUGGAACAGAAAAGAUUUGUAAAGGCCGGAUUGUCUCAGGAGAAUCUGAGAGCAUAUGUUCCGAUGAUAAUCAACGAAACGGUCGAAUACCUUGCGCGAUGGAACGAGCCCAAAGGUGUUGAUGAUAUUCACAAAGCCAUGUCCGAGUUGGUUAUUCUGACCGCAUCAAGAUGCUUGUUGGGAGAUGAUGUCAGAUCUCGAAUGGACGAGUCAUUCGCCAAGACAUAUCACGAUUUGGACGGUGGUUUCGCUCCAAUAAACUUUAUUUUCGAUGAUCUUCCCAUACCAGCCAACAGGCUUCGCGACAAAGCCCAUAUCAGAAUGCGAAACUUUUUCCUAUCGAUCAUGCAACAACGUCGGGAAAGCAAGCGCACCGACACCCAUGACAUUAUGCAAUACCUGUUGGAUAACUGUGAAUAUAAGAACGGGAGACGAUUGUCUGAUCAAGAAGCAGCGCAUAUCCUCAUUGCACUCUUGUUAGCUGGACAGCAUACAAGCAGUACGACAUCGGCGUGGGCGUUGAUCUACUUGGCUCAGAAUCCGGAACUCUUUGAUGUUCUUCGCGAGGAGCAGAUCAGAGUUUUGGGUUCGUUGGAUGCAGAGGUUACUUUUGAUUCUUUGAAGCAAAUGCCUAUAUUGGAUAACGUUGUUCGCGAAACGUUGAGAUUGAGACCACCAAUCAUGACUAUGAUCAGGAAGGUGCUUAGGGAUUUGCCUAUUCCGGGAACAGAUUACGUAAUUCCUCAGGGUGCCUAUAUGCAGGCUGUGCCCAUGAUUUCGCAGAGAGAUGAUGGAUACUUUAAGAAUGCCGACAAGUUUAGCCCUUUUCGAUGGGAAGAAUACGAUAAACAACAGAAGGAACGGGAUGAUGAUGUGGUUGAUUAUGGGUGGGGUGCUAUUCAUACUUCAUCUGCCAAGUCGCCUUAUUUACCUUUUGGAGCUGGCCGUCAUCGGUGUAUUGGUGAGUCCUUUGCGUAUGUGCAAAUUAAAACUAUCCUCGCAACAUUUGUCCGAAUGUUUGAUUUGCGACUUCAUAAUAACAAAUUCCCUGAAGUCGAUUUUACUACAUUAAUUGUUACACCUGUGAAGCCAUUGGGGAGCCCAGACAUAAUCGAUUUGUCGUCUUCUAUUUAA